CGUUACACACGAAUACCCCCCUCUUCCAAUAUUUUUGAGUUUCCCUCCUUUUCAUUUCAUUUUCAUUUUUGGAUCGUCUUCUUCCCUCCGUUUUAGUUAAAUCUCUCUCGUCGGCCACAGAUUUCACCCCCAAAAAAGAAAAAGGGAAACAAGAACUCAGGAGUCUGUCCAGGAGAAGGGAGGGAGCAUUGUACGGAAAGUGGGAUCUUUUCUGAAAAUGGCAAGUUACUAUGACAUUGAUGAUAUUCUUGUGGAAGAACAGCGUGUCCCAGUUGCUUUCCAGCAAGCAGUAAAUGGGGUUGAUAUUGAUCCUAGUGCUGAAACCCAUUGUGUUGAACCCGGUUCAAAGGUAGAGCUACCUUACUGGCUUGCCCAUGAGUUACACCUCAGAAAAGUAGCAAAGAUGAAGGUUCCUGCAUGUUUCAAUCAAAGAACAAAACUGGAACUUGGGGCUGAUGGUGCAUCUGUGGAUUUAAGAUCUCGAUGUCUAUACUUCUAUGAAUUUGGAUGCAAGAUAGCACCGCUGGUUGGUGAUAGAGACAUGGGAUCAUUCCUAUUAUCUGCAUUUAGGACCAGGUAUCAGAAAAUCCUGGCAAAGGCACAUAACGCAGCAUUUACAGCACAUUCAAAAUUGUUGUCGUACUUAACAAAAGAAGAAACCAAUCUGUAUGAGGCAGCUCAGUCGUCAAUGGCGGCCUUUAAGAAGUGGCGGAUAGGUGGCCCCCGAUUUGAGAGAGCUUCUGUACUUGGGAGGAAGAGGAAGGAAGCCAACUGAUUAGUCGUAUUGUACCCUCUCUACUCUACCUCUCAUCUGAUCCAUCCUUUCUGAAUCAUUGUCCCAAUUUGUAAUUUUUCCUACAUUGGAAAAGCUAGUUGGUAAUUUUGCUGGAAGUUAAUGAGAUCAUUGUAAUUUUAAUUAAACAUCAUUAUAUAAUUAUUUGCACUCAGUAUUGCUAGCACGCACCUAUUCAUUUAUCAUUUUAUCUUUAAGGCAAACAAAGAGUGAAAUUUAUUUUGCGGUCCCUCGUGAUAUAUUUUUGAUUGCUAGAUGUUUGUUUCCUUGUCCGACCCGACCAAUAGCGCACGUUUUCCAUGCCCAUGACCACCCGGGAUUCCUCCUCCGGAGCGGAAUCGAGCAUGGACUUCAACCACCAUGAAACCCCAACUAAACGCAGCGUUUCGGGCUCACCCUCAGUCGACGAAGAAGAGGAAGCCGAGGAUGCGGAGGUGUGGGACCAGUUUAACCGCAGGUUCCGCGAGGUACAGUCCGUACUGGAUCGGAACCGAGCCCUGAUCCAGCAGGUGAACGACAACCACCGCUCUCGAGUUGCCGACAACAUGGUCAAGAACGUGGGUCUUAUCCAAGAGAUCAACGGCAACAUCUCCAAGGUCGUUUCGCUUUACUCCGACCUCUCCUCCAAUUUCUCCACCUUCUUUCACCAC